GCUGCGCUGGACCGGAGCGGUUCUCCCAAGCAGCCGCCAGGCUCAGCUCCACUCCUGGCCCCAUCACGCAGCCCAGGGACUUGCUAUGGCCACGUCUAUACUUGGGGAAGAGCCGCGCUUCGGAACGACCCCAUUGGCCAUGCUGGCGGCGACCUGCAACAAGAUUGGCAAUACGAGCCCGCUGACUACGCUGCCUGAGUCGAGCGCCUUCGCCAAGGGCGGCUUCCACCCCUGGAAGCGCUCCUCGUCCAGCUGCAACCUCGGCUCUAGCCUCUCGGGCUUCGCGGUGGCCACUGGUGGCCGCGGCUCAGGCGGCCUGGCGGGCGGCUCAGGCGCAGCCAACAGCGCCUUCUGCCUGGCCUCUACGUCCCCCACGUCGUCCGCGUUCAGCAGCGACUACGGCGGCCUCUUCUCCAACUCAGCGGCGGCCGCGGCGGCAGCAGCCGGUGUGUCCCCGCAGGAGGCAGGUGGCCAGUCAGCCUUCAUCUCCAAGGUGCACACCACAGCGACCGAUGGCCUGUACCCGCGCGUGGGCAUGGCGCACCCGUACGAGUCGUGGUACAAGUCAGGCUUUCACUCUACACUGGCAGCGGGCGAGGUGACCAACGGCGCAGCGUCGUCUUGGUGGGACGUGCACAGCAGCCCGGGCUCGUGGCUGGAGGUGCAGAACCCCGCUGGGGGGCUCCAGAGCUCGCUGCACUCGGGCGCCCCCCAGGCCUCGCUGCACUCGCAGCUCGGCACCUACAACCCCGACUUCAGCUCGCUCACUCACUCGGCCUUCAGCUCCACCGGCCUCGGCUCCUCGGCUGCCGCCUCGCACUUGCUCUCCACCAGCCAGCACCUGCUGGCCCAGGACGGCUUCAAGCCGGUACUUCCCUCCUACUCAGACUCCAGUGCAGCUGUGGCUGCUGCCGCUGCUAGCGCCAUGAUCUCGGGAGCCGCGGCUGCCGCCGCCGGGGGGAGCUCCGCGCGCUCCGCCCGCCGCUACUCCGGCCGCGCCACCUGCGACUGCCCCAACUGUCAGGAGGCUGAGAGGUUGGGCCCGGCCGGGGCGAGCCUGCGGCGCAAGGGCCUGCACAGCUGCCACAUCCCGGGCUGCGGCAAGGUGUAUGGCAAGACGUCGCACCUGAAGGCACACCUGCGCUGGCACACGGGUGAACGGCCCUUCGUGUGCAACUGGCUCUUCUGCGGUAAGCGCUUCACACGCUCGGACGAGCUACAGCGGCACCUGCGGACUCACACAGGCGAGAAGCGCUUCGCCUGUCCGGUAUGCAACAAGCGCUUCAUGCGCAGCGACCACUUGAGCAAACACAUUAAGACGCACAACGGGGGUGGCGGGGGCAAAAAGGGGAGCGACAGUGACACGGACGCCAGCAACCUGGAGACGCCCCGCUCGGAGUCCCCUGACCUUAUCCUGCACGACUCCGGUGUCAGUGCUGCCAGGGCAGCGGCUGCGGCUGCGGCGGCAGCAGCGGCUGCAGCAGCGGCGGCAGCCUCAGCAGGAGGCAAGGAAGCAGCGUCUGGCCCCAGCGACUCUUAG